AGGAACCAACAGCCGCUAAAGAAACAAGCAAAAGUGUUGCGAAUUCGCGUUCGAGAGCCACCGCCAAGCGGACAUCGGGAGUAACUUUCGAGACGAGACGAGUCUUACCAGUCGUCUGUGUACCCCAUAAAGCUGCAAGAUCCAAGCCAGAGCCAGGCCAGGCCCAACAGCAGCAGCAGCAGCAGCAGCAGCAGCAUGGCAGACGUAUCGCACGAGCUGGGCGCCCUGCGCUUCGUAGUGGACUCGCCGCUCUCCUCCAAAGUGGCCAUGUUCAACAAUCAGGCGACGCAGCACAAGCAGUCGCAGUUAUUGAAUCCGUUCUCGCAGGAUGGACGCGCCUCGUCGCCGAAGCCGACCUUCUCCAAGGACCAGUACGGCAAGCCGCUGGCCGGCAGUCUGACAGAGGCACGCGGCCAGAAGGCCAACAUGCACGUGAUGAAGGAAAUGCUGGAGCUAUGCCAGAUCAUCAACACGGAGGGCUACGACGUCAAGGAUGAGCCAGGCAUGCGAGUGAUUCCCUUCGGCGAGUUGUUCAACAUCUACAACUACAUCUCGGACAAGGUGGUGGGCAUACUACUGCGUGCCCGCAAGCACAAACUGGUGGAGUUCGAGGGCGAGAUGUUGUACCAGCGCCGCGACGACAAUGUGCCCAUAUUCCUGCUGAAGCCCAUCAGGGAGAUUCGCAGCGAGAUGGAGGCCAAGAUCGAGGAGAUCAAGCGCGCGGCGAGUCCUGCCCCGCCACAGUCCACAUCGGUGCUGCUCGAUCGCAGCGCCCACGAGCAGAAGCUGAAGGCGCGAACACCGUCGCCGGCGGUAAAGUCGAAAGCAAAAGCGAAAUCACCGUCGCCACCACAGGUUACUGCUGAUGCUCCUGCUCCAGCUGCCGCAGCUCCAGUCGAGGUCAAGCCAGUCGCAGCUCCAGCUCAAGUGUCGGCACCAAUCCCGGAGCCUGCGCCGGCUGUGACAGUCACAGAAGCUGCACCAAACCAUGAGCCCCUACCGGAGGCUGCCAAGCCAGAGGAGAGCCCCGUCCAGGCAGCGCCCGCAGCAGUGGAACCCGUGAGUCAGCCACAACCAGAGGCUAAGCCUGUUCCAGUUUCUGCAGAGCUCAUCCCAGUUUCCCCCGAGGUGCAAAAAACAGAAGCCGCCUUGCCCACAAUUGUGAUUGAGGCCUCCGCAGUGUUUGUGCGUACUGCCAGCACGGAUCAGCUAGCAGCAGACACAGCACCAUCAGCCACCAGUCCCGCCGACACAUCAUCUCCGGCAGCCAAAGACGAACCCGUGAUCGCUGCCGGAGACAGCGCCUAGGCAGCCGACCCCUUGGAAUUGUUUUGAGAAGGAACUCGCAACUACUAAAGCGGCAGCUUUAAAUUGCAGUAGUUUAGCUUAAAGUUUAGUUGACCUAGAGUUUAACUUACGAUUAGUGCAGAGAUUAGCAGAGAAAACAAACACAACACUGAAGACAGACCAGACCCGAAACCGACUAUUUAUAAAGGAGUUUGUUUAUCGGACGACCAAAGAGAAGGUGGUAAACUAUACAAAUAAAUACAUACUAUACUCGUACAUAUACAUACAUAAAUAUAUUUAAACACACCUAGCAUAAAGUAAAUGCAAUACAUGUAGACACAGUA